AUGUACGUGCACAUUCUACCCACCACGGGAGCCAUCUCGUUUCAGGAUUUCUUACAAUCAGGCACUACCUUGACUUCGGAGCUGGCAAGGACGACGGAGCUGAGAGCUUCUUUGAGGUCCGUCCUCAAGGAGCAGAGGCAUGAGAAGAAGAGCAAGGUCGAGGAGAACGAUGGAGACGAGAGGGAAGCGAAGGUCACGGAUAAGGAUUGGUUCAGAAUCGUCAAGGUAAGCUGAUCCUGAGCAACAGGCGUAGCAGCAGCACAAGAAGGAGCAAUCUAAGCUCAUCGACUUUGCUUCGUGCUUUUGAAGGCGGUGGAAGAGUAUCUGCCGCAUCUAUUUGGCAUCUUCAAUUGCAUACAGACGGACGAUCUCCUGCUGAGGCACGAGCCGCGUGAGUGACUGGGCAGAAAGAGGAGCUUGGGCGAUUCCAUGAGCUCUGGGCUGACGGAAGCGGUGAUGUUCUUGCUCUCAGGAUUUUCAUGGAGGACUACUUUAUCGUCAUCCUCCUUCAUGCGCGAUGCUCCACGAGUAACUCUGCCCGGCCUGCACUAUGAGCUGUGCUCAGUGCUCUUGCUGUCCGGCACCGCGCUAUCCAACUUGGCGGCCUCGUAUGUUGCCUCACUCGGCGACUACGAAAGAGACAGGCUACUGACCACAGAGCAGCGCAAGGCUAAAGACGAAAGGCUCAGGUUAGCUGCUGAUCUUUUGUGCAAGGCGGCGGGCAUCUUCGAGUACCUUGGAGAGGACCUCAUACCGCAGUGGGAAACGGUCGCUGGAAAGAUCGAUGGCAGACCACCUGAUGUGACGCGAGAGGUCACGCUAGCUAUGAGCAAGUGAGUUCAUGUACAAAUGGCCUUUCAGAUGCCUGCUGCUAGCACAAGUCGGCGCAGCAUACACAUUGUCCGCUGACAAGGCUUUCGUUUGCGAAGGCUCGCAAUGGCAGAUGCAGAGUCGUUAGCCGUCCGCAAGCUCCUUUCGCCCUUCCUGUCGACAUCACUGGACACGAUUACGCCUGGUCCGCCUUUGCCAAAAACCCAUCCUUCCGCGUCUCUUUUGGCUAAGUUGAACCUGAACGUCUGCCAAAGGUACGAGCAAGCGAGAUCCCUGGCGCAAGUAGUGGGCAAAAAGCCGAGCAUGAAGAAUGUUGAUAAUCUUGCUUCUGAAGCAGAUGGGCUGCGACGGCCUGAACUGCAAGCGGGAAACGCAGCUUUCGGCAGCAUUGGAAUAGACGACGACGAUCGACUUGAUUCGGCCGUUGGCGGGAAGGGCGCACAUAAGAUCAGCAGCAAAACUGGAGGAGGUCUUUUGGGCAAGCUGAAGCCUAGCAUUUCGUCAGAGCGACCCUCUUCAGGCUCUGGGGGAGGUGCAUUCUCACCUGGUGCAGACGAAGAUCUCUCCGUGGGGUCUCUGCUGCUCAAAUACCUUGCCACGCGCGGCUUGUUGGCCAAGGCCAGGGCGCACAAAUGGUUGGGCAUAGAUAGCGGCGAAGCGGGAAGGUAUGGGGACGCCAUACCUUUCUUGCGCACAGCGAAGGAGAUACUGGAAGAUGAAUUGAGCACUACACGUCGCUUCGCUCAUUUCAGAGACAAGAAGGGCAAAGAUGCGAGGGAAGAGCUCAAGAAGGAAAAGGAGGAUGAGUUUGCCAUUAUCAACCACUGGCUAGCUUCGUACAUCAAGCUGAAUGAUACCGUGAGUCUUUCGAGAGCGAGCUGCGCUCAGCGCUGAUCAGUUCGAUCCCGGGAGCAAAAUGCUGCUCGUUCGCACGUGGCUCAUCUCUACUUCGCGCAUCUCACAGGUCGCUUUUCAGCCAUUGACAAAGUCCACGGAGAUCAGUACACGCAUUCCAGCCGGUCGAUCGGCCCUCGUCAUAAAGCGUUUCAGUCCUCCAGUGCCUGCCUUCGGUCCAGGUUCGCCAGGUUACAUCUCCGAGAACAUGAAGCGUCUGGGAGUGGGAAAUGAGACUCAAGAGUCACAUAGACCCAUGCUUGCUAUCGACAGAUCGUCCGGGUCUCUUCUUGAAGACAAUCGUCUGGACUUGGGGGAAACGGUGGGUGUCAUCAGACCCAAACCUAAAGAUCAAGAGAGGGAUUAUGCUCAUUCCAUGCCGGGAUAUUAUUAA